GAUGAGAAAAUGAAGGAAAUUUAUGAUUUACAGAAACAAGUUGCCCUAUUAAAAAUUGACAAUCUUGGUUAUAUUCAUACAAAUGGUGACUUAAAAUCAACAACUUCAAGCCCUGACAAACCAUCCUUAUCACCAAUUUCCCCGGUGACUGGAUUGACUGUGACAACAGUUGAAAACAACAAUGAAAAUUCCAGAUCUAAAUAUUACUCAAAUCCAAAGACUCCAUUAUUGCAACAAAACAUCAACACUCAUAGAAAUGGAUCACCUUCGUCACCAAAGUUCAACUCCAGUAUAUCAGUCCUAAGAAACGAGUUUAAAAAGCUUGUGAAUGAAAUGCAUACCACAUAUAAAUCAGAAUUGGAGAAGGAGAAAGUCGAGAGAAAGAGAUUGGAACAUUUGUUGAAGUUGUAUGAAGAAAGAAGUAAUGAUAUUGAUCUUUGAGAAUUUGGGAAGCAAAAGAAGAAGAAAAAAUAUGGACUAUUAUUGGAUAAAUGAGCGAUAUUCACUUCAUACAUUGUACAAUUAUAAAAUUUUAUUAUAGAGUAACUUACAGACAUUGUAGAAAGACUGAGUUUAUA